AUGGCUGGGAACAUGCCAAUGGACCCUGGCUCGUUCCAGGACGUGAUCCAGGAUCUCGCAAACAAGGCUUGCCUAGAGGCAGCAGAGGAAAACAGGCAGGCGGCGGCGGCGGCGGCGAAAUCAGGCGGCGAUGGCACGACGGCAGACAGGCUGGCCCCGGAGCUGCCCCCGGACAUGGCCAAGGCCCGCAGCAUGACGACCAAGGAGAUCCUCGACGACCUCAACAAGUCGCCGCUGUUCAUGACGGAGCUGGAGGAGAACGACGACAUCGCGGCGCUGCAGGCGCUGGCCUACGAGGGAACGCCGCUCGAGAACGCGUCGGACUUCAAGGAGCGCGGCAACGAGUGCUUUGCCGAGAAGCGCUGGGCCGACGCCAGGGAGUUCUACACCAAGGGGAUCAACAUCCUCGCGGCGGAGAUCAGGCGACGCGCGAGGGGCGAGCCGCCCGGCCAGGACAGCGAGCGGAAGCGGCGCGAGGCCGAGCAGGCCGCCGCGGAGAGAGAGAACGGGCUGGGUGAGGCCGAGCCCACCACCACCGCCGGCGCCAGCAGCGGCGCCCUGUCGUCGGACGAUCCCGAGGAGAUCAAAAAGGAGGCGGCGGUCCUGGAGACGCUGUACGCCAACCGCGCGGCCUGCCAGCUGUCGAUGCAAAACUACCGCUCCUGCACCCUCGACUGCGCGCAGACGCUGCACCUGAACCCGCGCAACGUCAAGGCCUUCUACCGCAGCGCCAAGGCCCUCAGCGCCAUGGGCAAGAUGCCCGAGGCCGAGGACGCGGCCAAGCGCGGGCUGGCCAUCGACCCGGACAACGCGGCGCUCAAGGCCGUGGCGGCCGAGAUCGCCGAGCGGCAGGCCAAGCUGAGCGCCAAGCAAAAGGCCGAGGCCGAGAGGCAGGCGCGCGAGAGGCGGCGGCAGCUGCUGGUCAAGGCGGCGAUCCGGCAGCGCGGCGUGCGGAUGCGGACGACGCCCAAGCCGCCCGAGAUGGAGGACGCCAGGGUGCAGCUCGUGCCGGACCCAGACGACGUCGCCAACAGCGAGCUCGCCUUCCCCGCCAUCAUCCUGUAUCCGGUCGACGCCCAGUCCGACUUCAUCAAGGCCUUUGGCGAGAACGACUGCAUGAACAGCCACCUGUCGUACCUGCUGCCGCUGCCCUGGGACCGCGACGCGAGCUACACCCAGACCGGCGUCGAGUGCUACGUCGCCACCGAAAAGGGCUCCCUGGUCAAGCUGGGCAAGAAGGUGCCGCUCAUAAAAGUUCUGUCCAUGCCGAGCGUCGUGGUCGAGGACGAGCUGGUGAGGAUCUUUGUGCUGCCCAAGAGCAAGGCCGCCAAGUGGGUCAAGGACUUUACCGCGGCUGCAAAGGAGCGGGCUAAUUCAUGA